CCGGGACAGAAAUUUAUAAGUGGGAUUGAUAAUGAGGUUAGAAACGAUGAUUAUGUUGAAGAAACCCCUUCAUUGUCUGUUGGGAUGCAUGGGCAAAUUGAAUUUAACGAUUGUAAUGAUGAUGACCUUCCAUUUGUUGGGAAUCACAAUGAUGGUAUGGAGAUUGUCAUUGAAACUUGAUGGUAUACUAUGGCUGACACCGAUGGAUCUGAUGAUGAAGAUGAAGUUCAUCAACAUGACCCAAAUUUUUAUGUCCAAAUAAUUGCUCCUAUACUUCACUUGAGACUGAUUAUGAUGGCACUACGUCGUAUCUGAUGAGAAAUUUAGAUGACCUGUUUGAUCAAAGAUUAAUUUUGUUGCCAUAUAAUCAAGGAUAUCAUUGGAUGUUAAUUGUUAUUUGUCCUGCGGUGAAUAAAGGCUAUAUCAUGGACUCUCUCCCGGGAUCAUGCGAUAUAAGCACUUUGCAGAAAGAAUUAACGAUAGCAUUCAAGAUUGCUUCUUCUUCCCAAGGAAACGGAAAAUCUAUUAAAUGGGAAAAUCUUAAGUGUGCGAGACAAGUUGGAGCGAAAGCAUGUGGAUAUUACGUGAUGCGUUUUAUGUGGGAGGUUUGCUUUGUUCAUCAAGGAAGUAGUGAUAUUGGAAAGGAUUGGAUAUCAAGGUCGGAAUCAUAUUCUUCCGAAGAAGUUGAUGAAAUUCGAAAUGUUUGGUGUAGG